AUACAUAAUUUGUAUGACCAUGAUAAAAGUGAGCAAAUGGAAGACCUUCUGUCCUUAUCUAGGGGCCCUUUGCAAAACAGUACAUGUUUUGCAGGUUACGAUAUGAAUGGAUUCAGAUUUCGCAUAGAGAGUCGUGACAAAAAUCGGUGCACACAGAACAGCGGAGUUGUUGUUUUGGCAGAUGGAAGUACAAUUAGUGAGAAUGCAGAAUAUUAUGGCAUAUUAACAGAGAUAAUAGAGCUUCAAUUUCUUGGGGGAAGACGUGUGCCAUUAUUUCGUUGCAAGUGGGUUGACAUAUUCAAUAAAAAAAGAGGGAUAAAGAAGGAUGUUUAUGGACUCGUUAGUGUCAACUUUAAAUGUCUACUUCGGACAAAUGAGCCAUUUGUAUUAGCUAGCCAAGCUUCUCAAGUCUUUUUCGUCAAAGACAAUCUGAUCAAAGGUUGGCACUUGGUUGUCAAAAUGCAGCCACGUGACACCUAUAAUGUACCUCCUGGAAAUUCAGACGACGAAGAUAAUGAAGAUGAGGAUUAUGAUGACGAGGAAGAUAUAGCUAUUGAUGAUCCUCCAACUACAUCAUUUGGUGGAAAGAGGAAAUAGUGAUUCUAGAAUAUUAAUCAUUCCAUAGGAUACAUAACCUGUCACCAUUGAUUUAUAGCAUUCUGAGUGUGCUUAUACCAUUCUAUGUGCUUAUAUUUUUUUCCUGUAUUAAACAUAAAUAUUUUAUGCUAUUGCUAUGCUAUCUAUGUAGGCUGUAGCAAUGCAGGGUAGGUAUGGAAAAGUAACAGCCUCUGCGGCCCAGUCAAGCUUCAUCAGCCCAGGAUUGCUUCGUCAGCAACAUGCGAGGAGGUCCUAUCCAAACCCAAUUACCAACAUACUGGUGAACAAUGAGAGUAUUGCUAAAAAACCAGCGAGAAGGUACCAUUCACAACCCAAUACUACCACAACAAUCAACAAUGACAGCUCUAUUAUGAAGGCAGCCAUGAAUCAACAUAAGAAGAGGUCUUAUAGAAAUCCGAAUACUGCAGCAAAUGAUGACUUAGAAGAUGAGCAUUUCGAUGAAGUAUUGAAAAAAAUGGCAGCAAAGGUCAAUGGGACUGGGACUGGGACUGGUAACAAUAUGUUUGAUUCUGAUAAUGACAGUGAGAAUUAUUGUAAUGAAAGUGAGUCUGAUUAUGAACAUGAAAGUGAAUACAAUUCUGAACAUGAGAAUGAGAACUCUGAAAGUGCUUCUGAAGAUAUAUUAUUCAAGAAAAAACAUGCAUCUUUUAAAGGAGAUAGACAGUCGCAUCGAGUCAGGCCACAAAAGAAGCUAAAAUCCAUGAACCAUGAAGUUGACACCUUAACCAGAUCUAAUAAUGGAGAGGGGAGGGAGAACUCUGAAGCCAUGAACCAUGAACCAGCAAAUGGAGCUGAUAAUGAAGAGGGGAGGGACACUUGCAGGGCACAUAUUCAGAACAAUAAUAUGGACACCUUAACCAGAGCUGAUAAUGAAGAGGAGAGGGACACUUGCAGGGCACAUAUUCAGAAUAAUUAUAUGGAUACCUACACAAGUGCUGAUAAUGAAGAGCGGAGGGACUCUUGCAGGGCACAUAUUCAGAACAAUAAUAUGGAUGCUGCAAAAACUGCUGAUAUAACUGAAGAGAAAAGGGGUCGUGGUAAAAACAAAUGUAAGAAUCUUGCUAAACUUAAACCAGGACAAAAGAUUAAAGUGAUGUUCUACAACAACCGUGCUCUUGGCACAUCAUUUGCACGACACAUUGGUAGAAUCGUCCGUGAUCCUACUAUUACCCCAGUGAGAGUGAAGAAAUGGACAGACAUUAGUGAGACAUCUAUGAAGCAUAUUUUUGCUGCAGUAAAGGACAAGUUUGAAAACAAAGACGAAAACAUUAAAAUUGAUGUCUAUGAAAAUGAUAUCAUGGAGCAUGCUAGGGAUCUAUGGAACAAUUGGCGUGGUGACUUGUGUCGGCAUUAUGUUAAGCCAGCAAAGAAUAUGCAACAAGCUAUUAAGAACUGCCCUGAAGAUUUUCCACAAGCUGACUGGGAGUGGUUGGUUAAAGAACAUUUCUAUAGUAAGGAUUUCAUUGUAAGUGCUAUACUGCUGCCCAUUACUGUUCUUAAUUGUUUACUGCUGAGAUGGUGUUAUUAA